AUGGUUUACGUGCUAGUUACUCUCUGUUGCGUCUUUGUCGCCUUGGGGUCAUUCUUGUUUGGCUAUGACUCUGGUGUGAUCUCGUCAAGCAUAGCGCAAAACGCUUUCCUGGUCAAGUUCGGAUCCCCUAAUCUAUCUGAUGCAGCUACUGGUGGAAUCAUCUCCUCUUACACAGGAGGGGCAAUCCUGGGGUCUUUACUUGCUCCCUACAUCUCUGAUUUUAAAGGCCGGAGGAUGGUCAUCUUCAUUGGAGGACUUCUGGCAACACUCGGGGCUGCACUUCAGGGAGGUGCAGUCACUGUUGCGAUGCUAAUCGCUGGCCGAUUCAUCGCGGGUGUGGCAAUUGGCCUCAUGUCUGCAACCAUUCCCGUGUAUUGCAGCGAGGUUGCACCGCCCCGGAUUCGUGGCAUGUUAGCAAGCAUGCAGCAAUGGAUGAUUGGCCUAGGAAUCAUGGUGGCUCAAUGGGUCGGCUAUGGAUGUUCCCGCUACAGCAGCGACUUUGCCUGGAGAUUUCCUCUCUCAUUCCAAACAGCGCCAGCCAUUAUUUUAACAUGUGGUGUCUGGUUUCUUCCAGAGUCGCCUCGCUGGCUCAUCGAACAUGGAAAAGAAGCGGCUGGUCGGUCAGCAUUGAAUCGUCUCCAUAACUUUAACGCAACCAAUAGCCAGCUUGUUGAACACGAAAUGACUCAAAUUCAUGAGAGUAUUGCUUACGAGCGCACCGCCGCUGUCCACUCCUGGCGUCAACUCCUACUAUCUCGACAAUGGCGCUAUCGCAUCCUCCUUGGGUGUGGUAUACAGGCAUUUACGCAACUUUCCGGCGCAAAUGUCAUUCAAUACUAUGGACCCCGCCUAUACAAAUCCUUGGGUCUCUCUACACAUACAUCACUCAUGAUUAUCGGCGUCUGGGGCGCGCUGGCGCAGUUCUGGAACACGGUAUUCAUGUUCUUCAUCGACAAAGUUGGUCGACGAAAGCUUCUCAUUCCAUCACUUUUGGGUAUGGGUGCAGUUCUGUGCGUUGAGGCCACACUUGCACAGUACGUCGAUUUCAGUGACAGCAACGCCAACCAGAACGCACUUCGUGCUGCGAUUGCCAUGUUCUUUGUGUUCUCUCUCUUCUUCACAGCCCUGGGCAUGAUAUCCUGGAUCUAUCCGGCCGAGAUUUUCCCUACAGCUAUUCGAGCUCGGGGGUCCUCUGCUGCUACUGCGACGAACUGGAGUGUAAACUUGAUCUUCGCGCAGUGUUCGCCCAUCGGGCUCACAAAUAUUGGCUCAAAGUAUUUUUACUGCUUUGUUGCUUUCAACUGGGUCGCUAUGGUUAUCGUUUGGCUUUUCUAUCCUGAAACCGUGGGCCGGUCCCUUGAAGAGGUGGAGGAUGUCUUCAAGCACAACACUGAGUUACAGCCAGAAGUGAUACUUGUGGGACCGAGUCCAGAGAAUUUGAGACCUCAUUCGCAAUUGAAGCAUAAAGGAAUGGAUCCUUUAUCGAUGCAUCCGACAAACGACAGUAGCUGGAGCAGUCGCAGCAACAUAUCACCUCGGCUAUGCUGUAAGAAAAUGCAUGAAGUAUAA